CAAUUUAACUCUGACAAUGCUGCCCUGGCACAUGGAAGCUGCAGUAACCGAUUUCUCAGGAAGAUGAGGGGAUUGAAACCCAACAACUUCUGGCAGGAAGCAAAGCGUAUUUCCAGACUGGCUGGCCCGCUGUUUUUGUCACAGCUGAUGAUUCUCCUAAUAAAUAUUGUCAGCUCUGUGUUCUGUGGACAUUUAGGGAAAGUUGAAUUGGGCGCUGUCAGUCUUGCCAUAGCGGUAAUAACUGUAUCAGGUAUCUCCAUAGGUAUGGGCCUGUCGACAGCAUGUGACACUCUUAUAUCUCAGACGUAUGGCAGUAAGAACCUGAAGCGAAUUGGAGUGAUUCUCCAAAGAGGGAUUCUCAUUCUCCUGAUCGCCUGCUUUCCCUGCUGGACUAUCUUCAUCAACAUUGAGCACAUUUUAUUGGCUUUCAAACAGUCUCCUGCAGUAGCCAAAUUAACACAACUCUAUGUGAAGAUAUUUAUUCCUGCUCUUCCUGCAGCAUUUCUUUAUGACUUAGAGGUCCGAUACCUUCAGAACCAGGGGAUCAUCAUGCCUCAGGUUUUUGCUGGUUUUAUUGCCAACAUCUUCAACGCUGUCGUCAAUUACCUCUUGCUCUACGUGCUGACGCUGGGAGUGCCGGGCUCGGCUGCUGCCAAUGUUGCUUCUCAGUACUGUCAGCUUCUCCUCCUGUUCGGGUACAUUCGAUGGAAGAAGUUACAUGUUCAGACCUGGGGAGGUUGGUCCACUGAAUGCCUGCAGGAGUGGGGGAGCUUUGUACGCCUGGCGAUUCCCAGCAUGUUCAUGCUCUGUAUUGAAUGGUGGGCAUUUCAUAUUGGAACGUUCCUCGUAGGGUUACUUAAUGAAGUUCAACUUGGAGCCCAGACCAUCAUAUUUCAGAUUAUUACUGUACCAUACAGGAUUGCUAUAGGAUACAGUGUGGCUGCAACUUUUUAUGUAGGUAAUGCGCUGGGUGCCAGAAAUCCUCAGCAGGCUGUAAACUUUGCCAAAGUCGCUAUAUAUUGCAUUGGUUGCAUCUCCUUAAUAAAUGCUGUGAUAAUUGGAGCAAUAAGGAACGUGGUGGGUUAUAUCUUCACCAGUGACAGAGAAAUUCUCAAAUUGGUUAUUGAAGUAGUUCCAUUAUGUUCUGCUUUUCAUAUCUUCGAUGCCACAGCGGGUGUAUGUGGUGGAGUGUUAAGAGGAGCUGGGAAGCAAAAGCUAGGAGCUAUCGGUAACCUGAUUGGCUACUAUCUAAUUGGGUUUCCCAUUGGAAUCUCUUUGAUGUUUGCUGGAAAACUCGGUGUAUUUGGUCUCUGGUGUGGAAUAUUGCUUUGUGCGUCUGUACAAUCCAUUAUUUUUUUGACGGUGAUUUGCUGGAUCAACUGGAAGAAAACUGCCAAUCAGGCCCAGGUUAAUGCAGGGAUGAUGGGAGGACUGAGUAUCUCAAACAGCACCUCUGGUGGUCAAACCAGGGAUCUCUCAACCGGGGAGGACACAGCAAACAACACAGUGGCUCUGAUGUCCAACGUUUCACAAUUGGAACCAAAUGUGGACAAGGACCGGGUGACGGAUGAAUCCUUAUUUUUGGAAACUGGAGUUACCACAGUCGGAGAAAUCUUGUCGACAAAACAACUGAUCAUUCGCCGUGGGCUAGUCUUCCUCUCAGGACCCCUGAUCCUGGGCAUUGGACUGGUCGUACACUUCACUCUCUCAAUAGGCUCAUAG